GGGAACCUCCACCCGCACCACUGCUCCGCCCAAAUCCCACUCCCCAGUCUGAAAGGGAAAACCUCGCUCCUCCGUCCGAUGGGCCGAAAGAACCGCAACCCCGCUCCAAACCCUACUCCUCCCCGGGCCGCCGCCGCCGGCGGCAUUGCCGCCGUGCGCGCCGACUGUGACAAGGCCCUCGCGUACCUCCAGCGCGGAAACCCGUCCAAGGCGCUGCGGCUGCUGAGGGACGCCGUCGCGCGCCACGGCGAGGGGUCGCCGCUCCUCCUCCGCGCGCAGGGCACCGUGCACUCCCGCGCUGCCGCCCCCCUCAACGACCCCGCCGCCCGCGCGCGCCACCACCGAGCCGCGCUCCAGGCCGCCCGCCGCGCCGUGGAGCUCGCGCCGGACUCCCUCGAGCUCGCCCACUUCCACGCCCUGCUCCUCUACGAGGCCGCCUCCGGUAACCGCGACUACGAGGACGUCAUCGCCGAGUGCGAGCGCGGUCUCCGCAUCGAGGUGCCCUCCGACCCGGCACCCCACUGCCUCAGGCUGCCCGCCCCUGGACCUGACCAGCUCCGAGACGACCUCCGCAACCUCAUCCAGAAGGCCAAUCUCGCCUCAAUAUCCACCUGGGUCAAGGCCCUCGGCGGCACUGAUGACAAGCUUGGGUUUUUCCGCCUGGCUGAUGAACCCUUGGAGCUCCAGCCCCUACCUGCAGCGCACCGCCCCAUCGGGAUCAAGAAGGCCACCAAGACCCCUGAGGAGCGCCGCAAGGAGAUCGAGGUGCAGGUCGCUGCGAUGAGGCUGGUGGAGCAGCACCAGCUGCCGCACAAUCCUGCUGUCGCUGCAUCCUCACCACCGCUGUCAGAGGAAGAUGAGGCCCCCUGCUCAUCAUGUCAGUCUGGUGUGAAACUGCGGCGUUCUUGAUUCAUCCUUCCGUUCGUUUCAUGUGAACCUGAGGUUGCUUAGGGACUAGCCAAAAUGGCACCCCUCUCCUUCGCUAAUCGUUUGUGCUACUUCUAGUUGGUAACUAGCUGUCAAGUUCGUACUGCUUCCAGCACCUAGUUAACUGAGUUUGUGAACAAUGCACUGAUAAAUUUAAGUAACUGGAGUCUACUUUAUCUGCA